CCAUAGCAAGAGCCCAAAUGGCUAGAAGCAGCGUGAGUGUCAUCACCCAGGUACUAACUAACAAGAUUUGAACGUAUGAUAUUGCAUUUGCCGUAUGGAUAUAUUUGCUGCUCUAUUCCCAUAGCGAAUCCCACUUCGGCGCUAAUAUCUCGCACAGGGAAGUAUGAGACUGAGGGUUUGCUUAACUUCACUGUUGCUUGCCUUAGCCUAACGGGUAUAUCCGCAAGAACAAAACAGGGUGUAACGGGUGUUCCCCUGUCUGUAAAGUAUUGUCCGGUAGUGAUUAGGAUCCCCUGCUCGUGAGACGAGAAGCAAGGUACGUCUAGGUAAGGGUCAGUUGAUGAAGCCUUGUGCAACCGUCCACCAGACGCCACCGACAACUGGGAGAGCAACCACAACAUCAACAAUCAUACUAGCUAUCCUCCAAAUAAAUUGAGCAGCCAACUGAUUGCUCUAGUUCUUGAUAUAAAGUGCGUCGGCUUCCUAAGUAUAAUCUUGAACCUAUCGCUCUCACUCUCUCCAGCUACUUUCAAAUUUCCUGAGAAUUGGUCUAAACCUAUCACUUUACUCUGCAACAACAUCAUACAGCAAAUUUCAGAUGACGAUCUCCCACAUCCAAGAAUCCGACAUGGACACUGUCACCGUCCAACCGGGAUCACAAACGAAAUACUAUUUCAUACCUAUUUAUGGCUUGCAGCUAGGCACCAACUUCAGGGAUGUAUGGUGCCAUUUGAAGAGGGUGGUCAAAAGACUGGAGCAUAUUGAGAUUCGUCCAAAUUCGACCGCAGGGUGGAUUCUUGUCCAUAAGUAUAACAACUUCGAAAAAGUGAUUCACACCCUAAGAGAACCAGUCCUUGUGGAAGCGACCAAGCGAGCCAGCCUGAUUGUACCCUCUCUUAUGAACGUUCACUUCAAAACAUCCAUCCAAAGGCCGGCUAACUGUAGCGAUCAUGUCUCAAGAAUUAUAAACGAUGCAUCACGGUUUCCUGAUCGAGCUUCCAGUGGUAGUUCAGUUCCCGUGAAGCCAAAGUCUCCACCUAUCUACACGGAGGCGACUGAUAGGCGAUACGAAAUAGUAAUCGCACACGGAACCUACAAGCCUCCUCCCAAACCGGAAGACUCGGGGCCCAAAUGCAAGGCUAGGUCGAAGCCCAGGCCAGCGAAAUCUGGUCGUUUCAAGGGCAGAAAGAUGCGACGACGGUGGAGCAUUCGCUCUAGCACUUCUAGGGGAAGCUACGAAAGCUGGCCCUUCGUGCCAGCUACGCCACCUCCAUGCGGCUAUGAGCCUCCCUAUUACGAGGCCGUGUACCCAUAUACGACGGCAUACAUCCCCCUCUACAUCCCGAACCAAGCUCCCCAGUGGUACGGCGAGGCACAGGAAAACUACGCCAUCUGGGGCUCCAAGUAUCCAGUUCAGCCACAGAGAUCAUGGGGAGGCUGGAAUACAGAGCAGAACGCAGUUUACGGACAGAUGACCUGGUAUUGA